AUGAAGGUGUUGAAGGUACAUCGUGUGAAAUUCUACAUUUCUGAAAUAUUAUUUAAAUUUGAGACAGGAUGGCUCUUAGACGAAGAUUUGUUGCAAGAUUUGAUCGAAGAUUGGUGCCGAUCGGAUCUUGAGAUAUUCGAAGAGGAGCUGGAACCACCUGUUCGUGUUCCCCGACUCCUGGAUGGGGAUCCUGUACAAGAGACACCCAGUGAUAAAGGGAGCGACAGUGAUUGA